GGCAUCGCGGGAGUCAGCGGCAGUGGUCACCGCUGGUCACCGAGACGGUCUCGAGAAUCAGCCGUGUGCGCGUUUCGCGAACAUGCGCCCCGUGUAUCUUUUAAAUCGCUUCACGGACAAAGUGCGCGCUACUAUGUGUCUUUUUAUCGAUCCUCGAUCGCAGUAGCGAGAGGAAGCACGGAACGGAACGAUCGGAUAAGCUUCGAGUGGAUCGAGUUCGAUCGAGCGAUACUACGCGUGGAUACUUUGAACAGUGGCAAGAGAAAAGUCGAUCAGUGUUGAGGUCGGGGAAUAUCGUGAGACCAACUACUAAAUAGACGGAUAAACGUGUCGUCUGUUUUAUUACGUUCAUUAAUUUAGCGAAGAACGACUCGGACCGAGUGAUCGAAACGAAGAAAGAGAAGAAAAAUCGUACUAAGUAACGGUAUAAGAGGGAGAAGAGGCAAAAGAUAACGAAAGAAGUUUGACGGUAUUCCGUAAGUUGGAGGUUCGUAUAGUGGCGCGUCGAGACGAUAUAAGGCGGUAUAUAAGAAGAUAUAAGGAGAGUGCGCGGUGUCGUCGCAUAGCGAUCCGGGGACACAUCGAUCGAUCAGGAUCGAUCGAUUCCGCGGCAUCUGGAUCGCGGCUCGAUCGCCUCGGCGGCGGUCCCACUCGGCGUCCACGUUGGUGGCUCGAUAGGAACGACGACGACGACGACGACGUCGUCGUCGUGCGAACGCCGACGUAGGAGGAGGAGGAGGCGGUGGCGUAGGGGAAGGUGGUGCUGGUGGAGGUGGUGGUGGAAGCGGCGGGAGGUAGAAUGGUGCCUUCCGGCCCGUGUCGGUCUCGAGCGGAAAGACGCGCUGAGAUGUCGCCGCGCCGUCUCGCGCCCCUGCUGAUCCUCGGUACGAUCCUCGCCGGGCUGACGAGCACCGCCGCCGCAGACAGGAUGAGCGGCCUCUACGUCGACAACGGUUUCGACCAAACGAUCGUCCACAGAGUGGUUAGCCAACGGGAGAAACGCGAGGUCGAGCACGAGAUAUUGAAUCUUCUUGGAUUACCGGAUCGACCAAGGAAUACGGCCGGUAGGCCGCCGCAGGUCAAGAGGUCGGCGCCCAAGUUUCUCUUGGACAUAUACAAGAAUGCUCUCGGCGAGGACGAAGACGAGAAGCCGAUCGGCGAGCAGCAACGUAGGGCCGGCGAGUUCGACCUCACCGGUCAGGAUCUCAGGGCCAUCGACCAGAGCGACGUCAUCAUGACCUUUGCCGCGCACAAUCAUCAUGUUCCGGGAGUGAGGCAUGAGCGCGGCAAAAGGCUAUGGUUUGACGUCUCCGAGGUACCACCGGGGGAACACAUAAUCAGUGCAGAGCUCAGGCUCUAUCGCAGCAUGGACGUGAAGAAUCGGAGGAAUCGCGGAUCGUACAUGAUCACAGCCUACCGGGUCUUGAGAACCGAAGACGGGACAAGGGAGUUGCAAUACGUAGAUGCGGUGAAUACAACGACAGGAAAAGAGGGGUGGUUGACUUUAAAUGUUAGCGAGCCUCUCGAUCAUUGGGUGAAUAAUCCUGAUGGAAACAAGGGAUUGUAUCUGUCAGUACAUCCCGCAGAUCGUUCUGUACACGAAAUGAGACCAGAUGACAUUGGGAUCGUCGGGUUCAGGGGCGAUCCUGACAAGCAACCCUUUAUGGUGGGUUACUUUAAGAGUUCUGGCAUCAGAGAAUCGAAAGUACGACAGAAACGAGAUGCCAGGAGAAGAAAGAAGAGCGAGUCCUCGAGUUUGGAUUAUCGGAAUAAUCCGUACACCGAUCCAGGCGUACAAUACAACUCGAGGACCUGUAAAAUUCAAACGUUGUACGUGAGCUUCAGGGACCUGAAGUGGCAGGACUGGAUCAUAGCACCGGACGGAUACGACGCAUAUUAUUGCAGCGGCGAAUGCAAUUUCCCUUUGAACGCUCAUAUGAACGCGACCAAUCACGCGAUCGUCCAAACGUUGGUGCAUCUGGUUAGCCCUGGUAAGGUACCAAAGCCUUGCUGCGCGCCCACCAAGCUCUCGCCGAUCUCCGUGCUGUAUUUCCUCGACGAAAGCAACGUUAUACUGAAGAAGUACAAAAACAUGGUCGUCAAGAGCUGCGGUUGCCAUUGAUCGUCCGGGAUUAGCAAGAUGUAUACAUGUGCGGACAGCGCGUUCGGAACGACGAUAAAUCGAACGCAAAGCGAGCUGUGCGGCUGAAUUUUCCGAGUAGAAUCGAUCGACAGUUCUUAAUUCGAUCGAUGACGAGUGUCUAGCGUUAUGGAAUUAUUUCUUUUCUUUAUUCAUUGACAUAUUCGUCCGUGCGAACGAUUUUUAUUUCGUUGAUACGUUUCAUCGAAGAUUCUCAGAGUUUCCAAUCGUUAGAACGUUAAAUAAUGGCAAACGCUAAAACACUCUGUAUAAUUAUAAAAUCUUAUCAUAUAUUAUUAUUAUUAUUCUUGCAAGAAAUUAAAUCGUUCGAUAGUCGUUUGAUCUUUUAAAAUUCUUACACCGCGUUCUAAUGAAUUCGUAUGAUUUCCUCAAUUGCUUAGAGUGCAAUUCGACGUUCGAAUUAAGCUGUUGUCGUUCAAAAUUCCGCUCGAUUCUCGGUUCGACGAAACAAAACUCCAGUGCCUGUUCGCCUGUGUUGGACGUGAACGACAAACGCUGAUCGAUGGCGGAUUUCAAGCGUCGCAAGAAAAUCAUCGGUCGUCUGGUGCCAAAUUUCGACUAGUAGAUAGUGUAAUUUCUCGAAACAAGUGCUUCCGUACUAACGAUCGUAAUAAUUUUCGUCGUUGGAAAAAGUGAAUAAUUGAAUGGGAACAAAAACGAUCGACGAAUACGUGCGACUCCGACACGUGAUUUUUAUCCGAUUUUAGUGGAUACAUUGUAAUAUACAUAUGCCCGUAACGAUCGGGGUUAUCAACCGAUGCUUCGAAUCGUUUCUUUCUUUCUACCUUCUCCUUCCUUCUUUCUCUUUCUUCCUUUCUUUUUUUAUUUUCUUUUUUUUUUUUUUUGUUUUCUUUUAAUCAACUCAAAUAUCUCAUCUAAUGUUCAAACAUUCGAUCGGUUAAUAUAUCGUUUAGUGAUAUUAAUUUAAUGAAGUCAAACUUCCGAUAUUAUAGUCUGAGAAAAAAUGAAACAAAGAGAACGUGGUUGUUCGGUGAAUUUCUACAUAUUUGUUCUGUCGCUGUUUUGAAAAACACAUUUGUGUUCGCGUUCUUCCGUUCGCUCGUCGAAGGCCUCUAUGUACGCAAGCCGACACGAAAAGGAAAAAGAUAUCUUUUUUUUUUGUUUUCUUGUAAUUAGACUUAUUUAUGUUUGUAAGUAAUGCGUCUGACCGAGAGAAUAAGAGCACCGUGUGUAAUACUCGUAGCAGAUUCGUAUGUGUACAGGUUGUUUCAUAAGAUAAUCCAUGAAUCCAGCAAGUGACAGAUCCCUCGCUCAAAAGCGAAUUGAUUCUUAAGACAGGUUUGUCGGUUGUUGGCUUCUAAUCGAUCAACGGAUUGCGCUGAAUAAUCAAGAAUUAAUAAUUUUCAUCCGAGAAUCUCUCAUUUACGAAAAGUCUCGCUACUUAUCGUAUAAAACAUUCCACAGAGUAGUCGGUUAAUUGUCACCUUAAAUAUCAUUGAAAUUCUGAAGAGUGGGAAAGAAUUUAUCUGUGAAAGAUAGCACGAUAGAAAAGAUACGACGAAAUCAAGUGUUAUAGUAGGAUAUUAUGAUAACUCUAUAAUACGAAGAAUUUAUUUGUUAUUUAUUAGAGGGGGGGAAGAUCUUCUCAAGGAUUGCGAGUUUGAUUAAUGUUCAUUAUUCAUGAAAUUUAAAUACUCAAGAAUUUGAAUGAACAUACCGAAGAAAAACGGAAUUUUAUCCUCGACUGGGAUGAUAUAAAAUAUCGCUGUGACGUAGCUCCAACCUAACUUACAAUAGUCUGCAUUAAGUUAUUUAAUUUGAAAGUACGUACUUCCUCUUUAAUUUGAAUUUUCUAUCUUACGUGACAAAGACCGUGAGUAGUGUUCAUCGCGUAAGAUAUAAGAUAUGAAUUAAAACGAAGUGACCCAAUUCAAAUUUAAUUUAAACUGUAGCGAUUACCUAUGGGCCAACAAUACCAAUCGAAGAUUAAUAUAACACUUAACUUUUGUAAUUACAGAUAAUUGCUUAAUUAAAUUAGCAAUACCUAGACGAUUAUACAUAUAGAAAGAGCGGAAUAAGAAUUAUACGACUAAAUCUUUUCUGCUAUAUAAUUAUUAUAAAUGAAAUAUUUUUCUCUAGCUUCCUCAUUCCGAGGGAUAUUAAUCCUCUAUAACAAGAAUUCUUUGUUUCAUUUUUAUUUAAGAAGAAAGAAUUGCAAUUUGUUAUAUAUUAUCUAAAAUCUUAUUAUUUUAUUAUACGAUAAUUAUUCUAACGAAAUUUCAAUUUCGAUAUGCAACGAUACAGUGACAGUAAGUAAAGUAAGAAUAAAAGUUAUAGCGAUGGAAGUAAGUAAAACGAUAAAAUUAAAUUAAAUUUCGUUAUAGAGGAUUAACAUGGCGACAGUUACCGAACCACCCUGUACAUACUUACACACCCUAGUAACUCAACUUUCUAUGUACAUGUAUGUAAAGUGUAAAUUUAUAUACAUAUAAGUAUAUAGAAAGUGGAAAAUUCUUUAGUACGAUUUUGUAGUAUCGUAAUUAUAAUGCGACAGAGAAUCAGAUUUGUCGACAAAAAUAAACAUCAUAAGCGCAUAUUUCUCAAUCGAAGCGAAAGUACAUAUUUUCCAAAAUCUCGUGCUUUUUACUUUGCGUGCCACAUGCAAGUCGGUAUCGUUCGCGCAUUUCAAAAUUACGCGUCGACUUCAAUUUGAAACGUACGCGUUUAGCGCGAUUAAUCGAUUAAUCGUACAAUCGAACGAUAAUCGCACAGUUUUGUUUUUUCUUUUCUUCUAUCUUCUUCCCUUCUUUAUUUUUCCCUUUUUUUUUGUAUAGAUUUCUAUUUUUUACAAGCUCUUAGAAAACGUACGAGAAUUACGUUAUAGUCAUACUUAAUUGACGCGUGAGAUUAAAAGUUUUAUAAAUUAUUCCGACGCAAGAUUCGAAUGUGGUGCCGCCGCUGCUCGAGAUAUGUGUCAGCGUUGUUUAAUGGCGUUUAACGAGCGUUUAACCGUGUGAAUGGGAAUGAAGCAUAGUCCAUUUUAGCUCGUGGGUGCGUGAAUGCGUUCGUGGAUGCGAUCACAAAUCAAUCGAUGAAUAUAUAUAGUCUGUGGUAUUAUUAACACAACUUUUGUAAUGACAGUGUAAAUAUAUCGUUGUAAAUACGUUCUAUAAUGCAUACUACAUAAUAUGUACAAUGUA